AUAAGAGCGAGGGUGUAAACGCAGCGGCCGAGAAGGGCUCGACUGCUGUCUUUGAUUUGCAAGCUCUCGACGAUGACGGUCUUCGGGAUUGUUUAUACUGCCUCUGUUCUGUCCAACGUAACUCCCCCCUCCGAAACACAAGUGCCGCCCAACCCCAUGCUCAUCGAAAAGCUAAUCGACUACGAAGACUUCGAAACGUACCAGGACGUUUACAGAUGCAUUCCGUUCAACGACAAGUGGUUCGUGAUGUACCGGAACACGGACCAACACGACGAGGUCUUCGAUCCUUCUGAUGACGGCAAGUGUGCGCACAUGUUGACAGACACGAGGUUCAUCGACGGCAGGAUUAACGUCACCAUCGCGGGAACUUCUGGCCGCAAGGACUACAUUUUCGAGCUGCAGACGUACGAAGGGCGCUCAAAGGCCACCGGUUUCAAGGUUAUUGCUGCCGAAGAGUCGCACGAGGAGGGGAAGAUGAUGAAGGUCCUCUACGCCGAUUGCAGGCACUGCAUCAUAUUCAACCUCGAAUACAUGGGCUCGUACGCCUGCAACAUGUUGGCCCCACUUGAGGACGCGUGGGGAUCGAGAAUUGCUGGCCACUGCGAGUACAUAUACAACAUGUUAUGCGGCACAGAAAAGAAAUGGAUCUACGACUGCUGCGAAAAAGAAAGCUUCAUGUAUCAGUACUUGUGAAACCACGGACGAAGCACGGCGACUAACUCACUACACUGUGAUGCACUCUUGUAACGGCACCAAGCCGCGUGGAACAACAAUAAAUGGACACAAUAAAGAAAACUCGAGCAGAUUU